CACGUCUCCGCCGCCGCCGGACGUGUUAAGUUCGCGCAGUCUCCUCACUACUGGACGUCCCGUGCUCGUACCACCGUCGCCGCCGUAGACAACAACGUUUGUAGUUCGACAACCGAAGAAGACAUCACGAAAAUGAACUCCGUCACCGCUGCGUCCUGCUGCUUGGCGUUGCUGUCCUUGUCCGCCUGCGUUCACCACGCAGUAGCGUAUCCGUCUCCGGGCGGCUACAACAACAACCAGUGGUCGAACCCCGGGAUGGGCAUGCAGCACGGGUACAAUAACGGUGGUGGGCAACAGCGAGGAUUCGGAAACGGCUUCGGUCAACGCGGCGGAUAUACUCAGAACGGAGGCGGAUACCAGUCCGGCUACAACGGGGAGCGGGCCGAAGCUUACCGGACAAACGUCUUCAACGAGCCGGAUCGGUACGGUUACGAUUACACCAUGCCCGGAGCUAACGUACACUUUUUGAUGUACAAAAAACAAGGAAACAGAAGACCCGAAAGUAACUAUGGCGUGGACCCAAGUGGAUGGAACAGAAAUAAUUACUAAAUACUCGUGACAAUGAAAAGUUAAUUUUAUUAUAAGUUUUCAUUGUACUAUUAUUUUUUUCCGU